AUGUCUUGGUACAACAUCACCAUCGCCCGCUCCUCAGGCUUCCACCCCGUCGUCACCCUCUCGAUCCACCUCGACCAAACCGAGCAACGUCAACGAUCGAUCGAACAAGGCUGUUCAUUAUGGACCCAUCUCGACCUAUCACCCUCGUGGAUUCUCGAUCGAUAUCAACUUGCCCAACUGCAUCGUGAAGGAAGAUUGGGGAGUCAUACCGAUUCGACGAGGGAGGGGGAAGAUGAGUCGUUUCAAGUUGUCGGGGAGGACGAUUUGGAAGGACCGGUGAUGAAGGCGGGCGGAGUACAAGCCUUGUUGAGACUUCAAGAUCCAAAGGGAAUGAAGAGAGAGGAACAGCUUGACUUUGAGGUGAAGAUCCCUCUGCAUCUUCGGUACCAGACACCCGUCGAACGUCGAAUCGAACAAGGCAAGCGAGCCGACGUCGUGUCCGUUCAACUCCGAGCCCCGGCCGUGUUUUGGAAAUGCCCCCCAAGUGAGUCGCUAACGAAUCUCGCUGUGUCCUUCCUGAAUAUCAAAGUGUGGACUGAGGGAGAUGACACUGCGCUCACCAGGCAACAAAGUGAUUCGACGGUGUCCCCCCGCACCGGCGCUUUCGGCGUUUUCUUCCCCAGUCUCCUCGACGAGCUCGUACCACUAUCUCCGCCCCGAACCUCUCGAUCCAAGAGCAUCCUAUUCCCACGCUUCCUCUUGCGCACAACCAAGAUUACCCAACUUGGGCGUUUCGAUCGCGACGGGCGUUUCGAGCGAUCUUCCGUUCGUCGAUUUCGUCAACUUUAUCGCCAUCUGGUUGGGCACGAUCUGGAUCGCUUCGAGUGCGUACAAGUGGCAGACACGAAAUGGUAAAAGUUUCGAGCCCGCGGCAAACAAACGAGUCGAAUGA